AUGAAGCAAAAAUCGUUGAAUCCUCUCUCUUCUUCUUCACCAAACUACGACGAGAUGAUUCAAGAGAAUUUUAAGCCACAUUGGAUCAUUGGGAUUGACCCUAACUUAUCCGGAGCUUUGGCUGUGCUGAAAUUCGACGACAAGGGAUCUUGUUUUGCUCAGGUAUAUGAUACUCCUCAGUUGGAAGUUGUAGUUCAAAACAUCCGAACACGUAGUUUCAACGAAAAAUCAAUGCUAGAACUGAUUCGUAGUCUAGAUGUUCCAUCCGGAACCAAGGCAUUUGUAGCGAAAUAUAUUCAUCCUGAAAACGCUAUUACUGCCUACAAUGAUGGACUUGGAUGUGGAUUAUGGACACUUCUCACAUCUAGCAUUUCUGUUAUUUACGUUACUCCUUCUACAUGGGACAAACAUUUUAAUCUUAGUAUUUGGAGUUUGGAUGGUGGCAGGAAACUCGCACUGGAAAUGUUUCCAUCACUUAAAUUGACAACGAAAAUUGACGACAAUGCUCGAGCUAAUGCACUACUCAUUGCUGCAUAUGGUCAUGCUACAAGUGAUACAAGAUAUUACUCAUUUUCUCAAAUUAAGUGA